AUGGCGGCGGCGGCGGCGGCUCAGGGGGGCGGGGGCGGGGAGCCCCGGGGAACUGAUGGGGUCGGCCCGGGGGUCCCGGGGGAAGUAGAGAUAGUAAAGGGGCAGCCGUUCGACGUGGGCCCGCGCUACACGCAGCUGCAGUACAUCGGCGAGGGCGCGUAUGGCAUGGUCAGCUCAGCUUACGACCACGUGCGCAAGACUCGAGUGGCCAUCAAGAAAAUCAGCCCCUUUGAGCAUCAGACCUACUGCCAGCGUACGUUGCGAGAGAUCCAGAUCUUGCUGCGCUUCCGCCAUGAGAACGUCAUCGGCAUCCGAGACAUUCUGCGGGCACCCACCCUGGAAGCCAUGAGGGAUGUCUACAUUGUGCAAGACCUGAUGGAGACAGACCUGUACAAGUUGCUUAAAAGCCAGCAGCUGAGCAACGACCACAUCUGCUACUUCCUCUACCAAAUCCUGCGGGGCCUCAAGUAUAUCCACUCCGCCAAUGUGCUCCACCGGGAUUUAAAGCCCUCCAACCUGCUCAUCAACACCACCUGCGACCUUAAGAUCUGUGAUUUUGGUCUUGCCCGGAUCGCCGAUCCUGAGCACGACCACACUGGCUUUCUGACGGAAUACGUGGCCACACGCUGGUACCGGGCCCCAGAGAUCAUGCUUAACUCCAAGGGCUACACCAAGUCCAUCGACAUCUGGUCUGUGGGCUGCAUUCUGGCUGAGAUGCUCUCCAACCGGCCCAUCUUCCCGGGCAAGCACUACCUGGACCAGCUCAACCACAUUCUGGGUAUCCUGGGCUCCCCCUCCCAGGAGGACCUGAAUUGUAUCAUCAACAUGAAGGCCCGAAACUACCUACAGUCUCUACCCUCCAAGACCAAGGUGGCCUGGGCCAAGCUUUUUCCCAAGUCGGACCCCAAAGCUCUUGACCUGCUGGACCGGAUGUUGACCUUUAACCCCAACAAACGGAUCACAGUGGAAGAAGCACUGGCUCACCCCUACCUGGAGCAGUACUACGACCCAACAGAUGAGGUGGGCCAGCCACCAGCAGCAGGGCUGGCGGGUAGGUGGAUGGGUGGGCAUCCCUCAGUCCCUGUCCUGAGCCUCCCCACUUCUUUGCCACCCCAGCCAGUGGCCGAGGAACCUUUCACCUUCGACAUGGAGCUGGAUGAUCUACCCAAGGAGCGGCUGAAGGAGCUCAUCUUCCAGGAGACAGCCCGCUUCCAGCCUGGGGUGCUGGAGGCCCCCUAACCUGGACAGAUGCCUCUGCUCCCUGGGGCCUGGCCCUGCCUCCUGCCUGCCCCUCCCCUGCCGGACUGUUAGAAAAUGGACUCUGUGCCCAGCCCAGACCCCGACAGCCCAGGUCGAGGCAGAGGGCGGGCCUGGCCACCUCCCUUCGCUUUGCUCAGGCAUCCUGCUUCAGGCAGGCCAACGCGCCCUCCCCCCUCACCUGAGGACCUGAGGGGCUCAGGUGGCCCCAAAGCAAAUUCCCCUCUGCUGCUCUGCCACCGUCUGCCCGGCUCUCCCAGUCUCUGGUAGUUCUGGAAUUCAAGGGCUCUGGCUGCCCCGGGACCUACUGAGGGGCAGUGGGGGAGGGACACGGAGGACACUGAGUGGGGACUCAGGGCCAGCCCUGCCCCACUCAGCUCAUUAAAACCCCACCCCAUUUUCCCUGAAGGAACAUUCCUAAGGCUCAAGGACUAGCGUCCCUGAGGAGCAGACCUAAACCCUCCCCCACAAAGCUGCCACAUCUAACGUCCCCGCUGCUUCUGUGUGUGGGUGAACAGAAGUGGAGGCGGGGGCACGUGGAGAGCCCAGUGCCCCUGCCCACCCCGUGCCUGUAUCUAAUAUAUAAAUAUAGAGGUGUGUCUAUGGAUG